AUGAAUUAAACAAAAAUACCUAGAUUCGCAUUUGCUUUUCUUUGGAUUGCUCUUUGUGUAGAAGGGCUAAAUUGUCCGAAUAUUGAAAAAUAUGAUAACCCUGUAAAUUUUUAUUAAUAUUUUGUGCAAAAUAUGAUUGUCAUACCUAAAACUAAUAUUAUGAUAAUAAAUACGAUGCAGCAAAGUUCUUCGGGCUCAAGCUAUAUAUAUUAUAUAGAUUUAGUUUCAGCACAAGUUAUUAAUACAAUAAAGCCAAGUUAUUAGAUUACCAGCAUGAAGUAUCACUAACUUACAGAUAAGAUUGUUGUUAUUAAUAAAGGAAGUAUCUUAAUGACUGAUCCUUACACAUUAAAAGUUUUGUAAACGUUCUCUGCAUUUAAUCUCUUUUAGCUUGAAUUAAUUGAAGCAACAAAUUAUAUAAUUGUUAGUCUAUACUAAAAUUAGUGCUGGGUUGUUGAUGUUGAUAAAUAGAAUUUAGUUAUUGAUAUGGAUAACUCUUAGAGCUUAGAAUCCUUUCCUGAUAAUUCUUAUCUGACUCAAUAUAUCACUAAAUUUAUUACUCUCUCAACUGGUGAAACAAUAAUUGUUAUAAGUAACGAUAGAGGUUUGAUAUAUUGGACUAUAGAUCUUAAUAACUUUACUUAUAAAUGGAAUGGUUUCAUAAAACCUUCAAUUGUAAGAUAAUAAGGAGAUCAGUAUUGGAGCUUUAGUAAACAUCCAACGAAAGAUAUCCUCUUCUUGGUUGGAGCUUAUCAAUAGAUUUUAGUACUUUAAAUAGUUGAUAUUGUAUAAGGAACAUUUAACACACUUUUUAAAUAAAGUUUGAAUAGUUAUUCAUCAAAUGAAUUCUUUAUAAAUAUGCACUAUAUUGUCUUGGAGGGUUAAGAAAUUUUUAUCACUAAUUUAGGCAAAUAUUUACAUAAAUUUAAUGUUUCCUUUAGCUCUGAUUUUACUUCUUUAGAGAUAACUGAAGCGGCUAAUGAGUAGGUAGUUAGCUAUUUUGUUUGGACACCAUACUUAGAAAUGAACUCCAUUUUUAUAUCUUCCGGAAACUAUGUUUCAAUUUAUAAUUACAAGCAAGAAUAAAUUUCCUAUAUGCUUUAUUUCUAUGGAAACAGAUGGAAUAGAAGAUUUAUUAGUAGAUAUGAUGGAGAAACAGAUAAGAUAGUGCUUGUUGAUAAUAACUAAGUAUACCUAUAUGAAAGAAACGGCUUUGGAUACUAGACUUUAAAUAAAAAUAAAUAAAAACAGCAGCUAAAUUAUAAUUAAGUAAAUGAUUAUGGAGUCGUUUAUGAAGUAAAAUAUACCACUAAUUAAUAUUUGGUAAAAACUGGGGACUCAUAAACUGAUUAUAUGACUACUUUUCAAAUAUACCCACUAGAUUCGCCUGAAAAUACUAUAGACAUACAUGCUAACUAUGGAUUAUACUGGGGCAAUGUUAAUUAAAUAAUAGAUCCGUUCUUUUUCAAAAACGCUAUUUGGGUUCCAUUAAAUGAUUUUUAUAAAUCAACAAGCUAUUUAAUAUCUUUAGUAAAUUGCUAAACUGGUGAAAUUUUUUAUUUGAAAUCAGACUCGCUAGAUGAUAAAAGCAUAAUUAUAUAAUAUGGUCUUGCCUCAUUAGAUGAUCCAGAAAAUCAAGAACUCAUAGCUAUAGAUACUAAAGGAAAUAUAUAUUCUUGGGAUUUAAGCUAACCUAACUUUCCAUUUAAGUUUUCCUAAAAUUUUGAUUGUUCAGGUAUUUAUACAACAGACAUAUUUUAGUACAAAAAAAUUAAGAGAUUAAUAAUGUUUUGCCCAGAUAAUUAUGUUUAUUCUUUUGAUUAUUUAACUGGAAACUACUCAAAAAUAGUUCAGCUAACUAUGUUUCCAACAGCUUUAAAAGCAAUAUCUCGUCUUGAGAUGAUUUUAAUAGGAGAUUUCAACACAGGUUUUGCAUAUGUUUUUAAGUAUGAUCCAGAUAAAGAUUAAUUUAACUUAUUUUUAAAAUUUAAACCUACUAAAACUAGCGAUUAGUUAGAUUUUAUGGAUAUAACAUAUGAUAAUAUUUUGUGGAUUUAAUAUUAAUAUAGUAACGUGUUUUACAAUAUAGGCGAUUGUUUAAAUGAUCCUUAAUAAUGCUUAGAAUGUACUUAAUAAUAUUAUUUUAAUGCUACUAAUAUAUAUGAUUAAAAUGGGUUAUAUGGAAGUGGUUAGCUAGAUUCUCCUUUUACUACUUCAUACAAUUUUUUCACAUCAAUGAUUAAAGCAUAAUUUUAUUAGAGUCUUCUUUUUAAUGUUAGCAAUAUGAAUGUAGAAAUAAAUAUCUCACCUGGGAAUACUUUAGUCUUAAAUCCAAAUUUUAUGAAUUUUGAUUUUAAUGAUAUUAUAUCUUUGAUUUUUUAAAGUUUAGAACCAGGAGUUUAUGCUAGCAUUUAAUAUUUUAAUAAUCUUUAGCUUUAAGACUAUAAUUAUAUUGGGUUUAAAGAUACUGUCAUCAACUUUGAUCUAGCUUAAAAUAUUAAAUGUGGAUUAUCUUUUCUAAACAUUUAAAGUGGUGUUUUAUUAAAUAAUAUUUAGCUGUUCCCGUUAAUGAAACCCUCCUAAACUUAAAGUUGCUAGUACAUAUAUUCUGAAAGCUCACCUUUAAGUAUUUAAAAUUAUCAUAUUUAGAAUGAAGAUUUCACUUAUCAUCAGUCUAUUUUGAGCUCAUUUAAUAAUAAUGAUAUUAAAAUUUCAAACUUUUCACUCAUAAAUUGCACUUUAGGUGAUAAUUUUAGUAUUUUAAGGCAAGUAUCAAAUGUCGAUACAUAUAUUGAUAAUUUAAACAUUACUGAUAAUAAAUGCUCUAAUAUAAGUAAUAACAACAAUACUUCUUUUUUAUUUAAUGCAGGUUUAUUUUAGGUUAACGGAAUGACUAUGAAUAAUAAUAAAUUUUGUAGAAAAUCAAUAUUUUCAACUGUUGUUUCUCUUUAACAAUCUAACUAUAUUUUUAAAUUUAUCAACAUAACUUCUUAAAACAAUACCUUUGAAGUAAGAACUACUUAUGUUUUCUUUAACGCACUAUACUCACUUUUAAUUUAACCUGAUCAUCAGCUAAUUCUGUAAAAUGUUUCAUUUACCGAUAAUUAACUAUCUGUAUAAAAUAGCAAAGAUUUAAUAACAGCUCAGUAUUUUGAAACUAUAAAAAUUUCAAGCAUCAAUAUGUAGAAUGUUUCACUUCUAAAUCAUUUUGAUAUUUAAUUAGGUUUAAUGCAAAAUACAGAUUCAGCAACUAUAAUGAAUUUUAAUUGCUCUAAUAGUCAAGCAUACAUUCUGUAAAUACCUAAUUAAUUGACAGCUAGCUGCUUACAAUUAUUUGAAGUUUUAAGUCUUGGAAUGUAAAACAUUAAUAUUUUUAGGAAAAAAGCAAUUGACUCUAGUUUAAUAUUUAUAAAAAAUUUUUUUACCUAAUAAUCAACUUUUAACAUGAAAGUAGCUAAUUUUCAAGAUUUAUCAUUAAUUUAAAGUGGCAUUAAUACAUAUGUAAGCCCUAUUUACAUUCAAAGUAGUUAUGAAAUCGAUGUUGAAAUAGACUAAGCUGUAUUCUAAAAUAUAUCUUUAUAAUCUGUGGAGUAUAGUAUAAGCUAUUCUUCUUUAGCAUUAUAGGUUACAAACUACAUAGGAACAUUUGUGAUAAAAAACUCUUAUUUCCUAAAUUCAUAUAGCCAAUCAAUUUAUGGAUUUAUUUAUGCGCAAACAAAUACUUUGGUAUUAGAUACAGUUGUUUUUAACAAUCAGACAUUCUAUAAUAGUUAAAAAUAAUAAUUAUUUUAACAAUAUGGAGGAUUUAUUAAUGCAUAAAUUGAAAAUUUAAAUGUCUCUAAAACCACCUUUAAUUAAUCAACUUCUAUAAAAGGAGGAUUCUUAUAUUUACUAUAGUUUGGAAAAACAUUUAAAAUUAACAUAGUUGAUACCAUUUUUAAUGAAGGAUAUGCUUCUACGGAUGGUGGAGCUAUAUUUAUAGACUCAGGAAAUAACUAAAUUUAACUAAACUGCUUUAAUUGCUAAUUUAGCAACAUUUAUACUCUUCUCAGCUCAGCAUGCAGCAUUGGAUUACAGAAAUAUUCUUAAGUUAAUAAUAAAGCUUUAAAUUCCAUAAUUUUCUAAGGAGGGUACAUCAAAAACGUAAAAGGUAUUUUAGAUAGCUACUUUAUUGAUGUUAUAUAUACUAACAUUUAAUUCUUGGAGAUUAAUUAAAUUUUAUCAGAAGUCUUUGAAUCUGACUCUUAAGCUUAUUAGUAGUAUUCUCUUUAAAGUAGCAAUCAAUAGCCAGCGAUUCUUUCCAACUUAUAAAAUUCAAUAUUAUUGAUUUAAAGCUGUACUAUUUCUAACUUAAAAAAGACAUCAUUUUAAACCACUUAUCCAUUAUUAAUCAAUUCACACAUUUCUAAUAUAACAAUUCAAGAUACAAAUAUAGAAAAUUUAGUCUAUAUUACUAGUACUUUGUAAUUGAUUUAAAGUUAAAUACAAUUGAUAAAUGUUAAAUUUAAAAAUAUAAAUUAAUUAACUCAAAGUUCAAGGCUCAUUCAAUCAUAAGAAUAUUAGAUUCCGAGUUAAAAUGCAGCUACAUUGAUAUCUACUUUAUAGUCUAGUGUAAAUUUAAGCUAAAACAGUCUUUUUUAGAAUGUUACCUGUAGCUAAAAUUGUAAUGGAGGAGCGUUAUAAAUCUAAUAGGGUAAAUUAAGUAUAUAGGAAACCACAUUUCAAAACGUUUCUUCUAACUUUGGAGGUGCAAUAUAUAUUUUAGGAUUAAAUUAAACUAAUCUUAUUUUUGAUUCUUAGUUUAUUGGUUGUUAAUCUUAAAAUGAUGGUGGAGCUAUUUAUCUAAAUGCCUAGCAAGAUGACCAAUUUUAGCUUACUAUAUCUUAAAGUAAAUUCUCAGACAAUACUUGUUAAGCAAGAGGAGGUGCAAUUUAUGUUAAUUCAUAAACUACAAAUCCUAUAAACCAAAAUGUUAAAAUCACUGAUUCAAAAAUAAUAUAUAACAAAGCAGCUGUUGGUGCUGGUGUAUUCUAAUAAAAUAUAUCAAUAGAUUAAAGCUAAAAUAAUAUAAUUUCUGCUAAUAAAGCAAGUAUUUCUGGAGAUAAUAGUAUUUCUUAUCCUACCAAACUAAAAAUAAUUAAUUUAGACAAGUUUCUAGAAGGGAAUAAUGCUAAGAUUAAUAAUUAACUAAUAUCUGUUAAUGACUUUAGGAGUGGUGCAAAUAUAACAGAUAUCGAAUUUAUUUUAGUAAAUGAUCAUGAUGAAAUUUUUUUCCCAAUUACAUAAGAUUAAUAAAACUCAUAUUAAGUUAAUGUCCAAUUUGACAAAACUAUUUAAAAAUUUAAUUCUUAUGUUGUAGGUGGUGAUACCUAUGCGAAAUAUGAUCCAAAAUUAAAAGCUUUUAAAUUCAGCAAUAUUAGUUUAUCUGGAAUUCCUUAAACUUCUGUAAACCUAUAGUUUUCUUCUGACUAGAUUUACUCAGUAGAUCCAAUAGAUAAUAAAUUUGUAUAAAAUUAUCAUUUUAAUUUAACAAUAAACUUUAGGUCAUGUGGUACUGGUGAAUAAAUAACAUAGUUAGAUUAAGUAACUUAAUGCUAGAUAUGCCCUGAAAAUUACUACUCUUUCAAAGUAUAAAACUGCUAAGAGUGUCCUAAGGGUGCUACAUGUUUAGGUGGAUCGAGUAUUGUAGCAAAUGCUGGUUAUUGGCGUAAAAGUAAUGAUAGUGAUUUAGUACUUUCCUGCAAUAAUCUUCCCGAUAAUUGCUAGGGAGGAUCUUUUGGAGAUAAUAUUUGUUAUGAAGGACAUAUUGGAGCACUUUGCGAAGAGUGUGAUAUAUAUGGAUAGUAUUGGCCACAUUCUUAUGCUAAAUCAGCUAAGUUUUCGUGUACCAGAUGUGAUUAAAUAAAAAACAAUGUAUGGAUUGUUGUUUUAAUGACGAUUUGGACUCUAAUUUCUAUGUGUUUAGCAAUUAAAGGAGAUGUUGAUGUUUUAAAAGAAAAAGUUGCUGUUUAUACAAUUUAAAAAAAUUUAUCUAGAAAAACAACUGCUCAUUAAAGGAGAUAGUCAUCAUUAUAAUUUAAAACUAUGAGCUUUAGUAAUAUACAACAAGCUAAGAGUGUGGGAAGAUAGAGAAGCACAUCAAAUAAAUUUAAAAUGGAAUUUAAUAAAAAUGAAGAUAAAUCUGGAAUUUUUAUUAAGAUGCUUACUAAUUAUGUUUAAAUUGUCGGAUCAAUAGCAACUUUUAAUCUCUCUAUUCCAUCAGGUAUAUUUGAAUUUCCCCAAUCUUUAGGUUAACCACUUAAAUAGACUAUGAACUCACUUGACUGUGCACUUUAAGAAUUUAAUUUUGAGAUGCCAAUAAUCUAUGUUAGACUGCUUUUUUCACUUAGUCUACCAGUUAUUUAUAUGAUACUCUUUGUUUUAUGCAUGAUGAUAUAUUAUCUAAUAAAAUAUAUAAAGCACAGAAAAGAAAAAAGUAAAAAUUAAUUCCCAUGGUAUAUUUUAACAACAGCUAUAAUUUUCCUCAUCAUUUAUGUUCAGCCAGAUUUAGUUGCUCAGAUUAUUGCUUUGCUUUCUUGCAGAUAAAUUGGAGAUACAAAUUAUAUUUUAUCAAAUGUUUCUUUUGUCUGCUAUACUCAUGAACAUUUAUACUACGCAUUUACACUAGUUUUGCCAAUGCUCAUAUCAUGGGUUAUUAUAAUACCAGUUUUUCUAUUUUUAGUACUAAGAAAAAACAAAAAUAAUUUAGACUCAAUUGAUAUUAAACUUAAGUAUGGAUUUUUGUAUAAAGAAUACUAAGAAAGUGCCUUUUAUUGGGAGUUUGUUAAGAUGGUAGAAAAAUUAGCUAUUAUUCUUUCACUAAAUUUUUAUUCUUAAAGUGUUGUAACAAAGGCUAUUCUCGUUUUUAUUGUCAUAUCUUCUUAUGGUAUUUUGUCACUUAUCAUUCACCCAUAUCAAGAAUCUGAUGUUAAUGAAAUAGAUGUAAAUUCUACCAACGUAUGUGCUAUUACUGUCCUUUUAGGUUUAUUUAUGUACAACAAUUAGUACCCAUACUUUGUUUAUACUUCGCUAUGUUUAAUAGUAAUUAUAAAUGCGUGGUUUAUCAUUAAAAUACUCAGCAAGAUUAUAAACUCUUAUAAAAGCUAAAUGCUAGAAGUUAAAGAAAAAAUUUUAACUGCUUUAUCUAAGAAGUUCAAUUAUUUCAAAAAAUUUGUUAGCCAAGAAAAUAAAUAACACGGAAAAAUAAAACCUGAAACCAAGAAGAAAUUUUAAUAAAUAUUUUUGAAAUUCUUAGCACUAAAACCAAGUUAAAAAAGAGAAAUAUACUUGACAUAUCUACAAAAAAAUAUAGAUGAAUAUUUAAAGAAUUUCUAAGGUGAUAUAAAUGAAAGUAACGCUACUCUAAAAUAAAUUGAAAAGAAUUAAGAGGAUAAUGAGCAAUAGAUCUAAUUGAAAUAGUUUUUCAAUAAAGAGAUGCAAGCUUCAUAAAAUAGCGAUUCUUCACCAUUUUACAAACAUACAUCAUAAGAUAAUUAAGGAUAAAUAAAACUUAAAAAUGCAAAUAAUAAAAUUAAAUUUAAUUAAACAGAAAAUCUAUAAUUUGAAAGUAAUCUUGAAAUUGAAUUAAAAUAAAAUUAAAAGUAAUAAGAAUAAAAUUAAAAAUUAUUUUUGCCAGAAACUAUGAAAGAUCAGCAUGGCAAUGAUUUAAUUCAAUUUAAUGAUCAAUUAGAAUCUAUUUAUUCUGAAAACUAAGAUGACAGAGUUAAUACAGAUUAAUAUUUUAUUGAUUCUAAUAAGUUUUUAAUGGGGCUAUAGCCUAAAAGAACUUUAUCAGAUAUCAACUUCUAGAAUUAAAAUAUCUAUACUAAAUCUGAUCAAUAAACAUUAGUAUAUGUUGAAGAAGCUGAUGAGAUAAAGUAUACAUAAUAAGAUGAGAAAAAUGAAAAUUACAAUGAAUAGAAUGAGUUUAAUUUAAGAUCUCCUCAUUAUACAGAAAAUAGCACUUAAAGAAACUAACAAGUGUAUGAUUCCAAAAUAAAUUUACUUAAAGAUAAAUAAUCAGAGAAUUUUAGUAGAUAGAAGUAUAAUAUUGACUAAAAAUAGCAGGAGACUAUUAUAGAGGAAGAUAUAUAUAGUUUAUAAAACAACAUUAAAGAUGAUUAAAAUAAUAGCAGACAAGGAUAAUAAAUUUCAAUUUCUAUUAUUGAAGAUAAAAAUAAAAAUAAUACUGGUAAAAAAGUUCCAGAUAUUUAAUCUAAUAGAAUAAUACCUGGUUAAUAAUUAACUGACACAAGGAUAGAUUUAAAUUAUAACACUUAAAAUUUAAUCAAUAUUUAAAAUUCAUAAGAUAUGAUUUAUGAUUAAGAUAUUGAAGUGUAAAUUAAUAAAUGA